GGUUCUUUCUAUCUAUCGUCCCUAAUCUCCCGAAAUCCCCCAAUUCCGUUCAGCCUUCGCCGCUCUCUCAUCGGCGGCGGGGCUUCCAGAAGCUUCCGAUUCAGCUAAUUCGAUUCUCUCCUCCUUCUAAAUCUCCGAUAUUUUUUUUUUCAAAUAUUUUUUGCUUCGUAACUUGUUAUCUCACCGCCGCGGAAUUCCGGCCGGUCCGCGAAGGUUUCUGGUACGGAAGCAGAUCGGUUUAAUGUGAGAGUAGUCUGAGUGUUUACAACGAUUUUGAGGAGUUUUUAUUUGAAUUAAAUGUGAGAUUUGGAGAGAGAAGGCCAAUUUUUCCGUGCUCGUUUUUUUGAAUUUGAGAGAUUAUAUGGAGCAGAGCGAAACGGCUUCCGGCGCGGCGGCGCCGAAGAAAUUGGCGAGGCAAUUGGAUUUCACGGCCCCUCCUGUCCAGCCGUCCGCCAACGCCGCGUUGCCGGAGCGGUCUGGACCUCCGUCGGUUCAGCUACAGCCGCCGCCGCCGCCGCCGCCAGUUUCUCAGCCGCAGCCGCAUCCGCGGGCGCAUCCACAGACGCAGCCGUGGGUGCGGCCACAGCUACAGACACAGUCACAGCAGCAGUUGCAUAAGUCAGCGGCGCAGCUGGCCUUGCAGUCGCAGCAGCAGGGGACGGCGGCGCAAUCGCCGAAGCCGUAUAUGACGCAGACGGUUUUGCACUUCCAGGCGAGGCCGGUGGGGCCGACGAUGCCGGUGAACGGCCGGAUUGCUCAGAUUCCACCUAGGAGAUAUGAGUCUCCUAAACCACGUGCCCGCAGCGAAUCUAAAGACAACACUCCAAAGAAGCAAAAGCUGUGCAAUUGUAAAAAUUCCCGGUGCCUGAAGUUGUACUGUGAGUGCUUUGCAGCUGGAAUUUAUUGUAAAGGCUGCAACUGUUUGAAUUGUCAUAAUAACGUGGACCAUGAAGCUGCUAGGCAGGAUGCGGUUGGAGCAAUUUUAGAGCGUAACCCAAAAGCAUUCAGACCAAAGAUUGCUAGCAGUCCACAUGAAUCUCGCGAGUCUUGGGAUGAGGCUGGCGAGGUUCAAAAGCACCACAAAGGAUGUGCUUGCAGAAAAUCUGGGUGUCUCAAGAAGUAUUGUGAGUGCUUCCAAGCCAAUGUUCUAUGUUCUGAAAACUGUAAAUGCAUGGACUGCAAGAACUUUGAUGGAAGUGAAGAAAGAAGGGCUAUCUUUCAUGAAGAUCACAAUACGAUAGCCAACUUGCAACAUGCAAAUGCAGCCAUUAGUGGGGCCAUUGGAUCCUCUGGGUAUGGGCCUCUUGUGUCUAGACAAAGACCGAGUGAUGAACUUUUUUCUGGCGUUGGAGCCAGAGAUCAAUCAGCUCAACGUGUUACACAGGCUCAGCAGGAAAAUCACUUAGGACCUCUGAUGACAUCGUCGUCUUUGUCAUCUGUUCCUACUCCUCAUGUUUCAGUACCAGGAUCUUCAAAAACCACAUACAGAUCUAUGUUGGCAAAUAUCAUCCAACCUGAGAACAUAAAGGAACUGUGUUCACGUCUGGUUGUAGUUUCAGAAGAUGCUGCAAAGGCGCUUGCAGAAAAUAGGCAAAAGGUGACGGUUGAUAAGACUACUACCAUUUCAGCCACUAUAGAGGGGAAAGAAAGUAAAAGGGAACAGGAGCAAAAUUCUGCGCAUGGCGACCAUUUGGUAAUGAAUCAAUCGGAUAAAGAUGGUGGCAGUGGUUCUGGAUCAGAUGGAGGUGAUGUGCAAAAUAGUAGGCCAAUGUCCCCUGGAACACUGGCCCUGAUGUGUGAUGAAGAUGAUAAGAUGUUUAUGGCAGCUGAGCUGCCAAAUGGAAACACGACUAAUAGUCAAAGCACAACUCAGAAUCAAUCUCAGGAAAUAGGUUGCACAGAGGUUUAUGAAGAGCAGGAGAGGGUUGUCCUCUCAGGAUUCAGGGAUUUCCUGAACGUUCUUAUAACUCGUGGUAGCAUAAAAGAAACAAUGUAUUCUCCUGUAGUUAAAAGGGAGAGGGAAAUCCAAAAGGAUCUUGUGGAGGGUGGAACCCCAAAGAAACCCAUGGGCCAGAAAGUGACAUGCAGCAAUGACAUUGGGAAAUCUCCUUCCACAAAUGGUAAAGUGCUUCAGUCAGUAGUCACUUAUGUCUCGGGAGUUGGAAUGGCCUUGAAAAAUAAUACCGGGCAAUAAAAUUUAACAUUAAUAGAAUCGUUACUUUAGGAUAGAAUUAGUUCAAGUGCUAUCACUGUGCACGAUAUUUGGGCAUGAUUUCUUGUCAUAUAUUAGUUGACCUUAGGUCUUGUAAAACAUUUUUGGAGAAUCUAGUCACAAGUAGACCCUUCUGUUUCAGCAGAAUUUGAA